GUGACUUUCAGGGAUGUGGCCAUCAACUUCUCUCAGGAGGAGUGGGAAUGCCUUAACUCCACUCAGAGGGACUUGUACAGGGAUGUGAUGUUGGAGAACUACAGCAACCUGAUCUCGCUGGGAGAACCAAGAGAAGAAUCCUACAAUUUUGAAACACAAACCUCUUCCACGUGCCUACUUUUACCUUAUUAAACAGCUUCUGCCUGGCUGCUGGAUCCUAGGAGAGACUGCAUGGCUAACCAUAGGACAAUAUAUGACCACACAUGUUGAAUCAUUCAUCAUUAACUGAAAACAGAAUUUGAAAACCACAGUCUGGAUAGUUGGGGAGCUCACUGUUUCUGUGUCAUGAAAGCUUUUGAAUCCUUUGGCAGACAGAGGGCAAAGCGGAAUUCUGAGCAUCAUCCCCCAGGGCACUUAAGUGCGGCCAGAGCCUCGCCUCAGUGCCUAGAGGACCCAGCUUACCUUGGCCAGGUACAUCGCGAAGUCCAGGACUGCAUUUCCCAGGAAGCUUAGGGCCCAGUGUGUUGCAGGGUGAGUCGUCAAAGAGCUGCCCUGGGGGCUUUGUCAACGAAAAACUGCACCAGCUCUGCUUUGAUUAGCGCGCAGUGGCUUCCAGAGUGGAGUAAAGAAUGGCUGUUGAACAUCCACCAGGCUCCUGCAAGACUGUGAAUCAAGGUUGAGACCAAGAAAUUAUUUCUGAAAAAGGAUAUUUAUGGAAUAGAAUCAUCCUGAUGAGAGAUAAUGGAAAGACUUAUAAAAAACAGCAUUGAGUGUUCAAGUUUCAGAGGUGAUUGGGAAUGUAAAAGCCAGUUUGAGAGAAAACAGGAAUCUCAGGAAGGACAUUUCAGUCAAAUGAUAUUUACUUCUGAAGACAUGCCCACUUUCAGUACCCAGCAUCAGAGAAUACAUACUGAUGAGAAACUCCUUGAAUGUAAGGAAUGUGGGAAGGAUUUUAGUUUUGUAUCGGUCCUUAUUCGACAUCAGCGAAUUCAUACUGGUGAGAAACCUUAUGAAUGUAAAGAAUGUGGCAAGGCCUUUGGUAGUGGUGCAAACCUUGCUUACCAUCAAAGAAUUCAUACUGGUGAGAAACCUUAUGAAUGUAGUGAAUGUGGAAAGGCCUUUGGUAGUGGCUCAAACCUUACUCAUCAUCAGAGAAUUCAUACUGGUGAGAAACCAUAUGAAUGUAAAGAAUGCGGGAAAGCUUUUAGUUUUGGAUCAGGCCUUAUUCGACAUCAGAUAAUUCACAGUGGUGAAAAGCCUUAUGAGUGUAAGGAAUGUGGGAAGUCCUUUAGUUUCGAAUCAGCCCUUACUCGGCAUCACAGAAUUCACACAGGUGAGAAACCUUAUGAAUGUAAGGAUUGUGGGAAGGCCUUUGGCAGUGGUUCAAACCUUACUCAACAUCGAAGGAUUCAUACUGGUGAGAAACCUUAUGAAUGUAAAGCAUGUGGGAUGGCCUUUAGUAGUGGUUCAGCCCUUACUCGGCAUCAGAGAAUUCAUACUGGUGAAAAACCAUAUAUUUGUAAUGAAUGUGGGAAGGCUUUUAGUUUUGGAUCAGCCCUUACUCGACAUCAAAGAAUUCACACUGGUGAGAAACCUUAUGUAUGUAAGGAAUGUGGGAAGGCUUUUAACAGUGGCUCAGAUCUCACUCAACAUCAGAGAAUUCACACUGGUGAGAAACCCUAUGAGUGUAAGGAAUGUGAGAAGGCCUUUAGAAGUGGUUCCAAACUUAUUCAGCAUCAAAGAAUGCACACUGGUGAGAAACCCUAUGAGUGUAAGGAGUGUGGAAAAGCCUUUAGUAGUGGUUCAGACCUUACUCAACAUCAGAGAAUUCAUACUGGUGAGAAACCUUAUGAAUGUAAAGAAUGUGGCAAGGCCUUUGGUAGUGGCUCAAAACUUAUCCAACACCAGCUAAUUCACACUGGUGAAAAACCGUAUGAAUGUAAACAAUGUGGAAAGUCCUUCAGUAGUGGUUCAGCUCUUAAUCGGCACCAGAGAAUACACACUGGUGAAAAACCCUAUGGAUGUAAGGAAUGUGGGAAGAAUUUUAGUACAGGCUCAAGCCUUACUCAACAUCAGAAAAUUCAUACUGGUGAGAAACUUUAUGAAUGUAAGGAAUGUGGAAAGGCUUUUGGGAGGGGUUCAGAGAUUCAGCAACAUAAAAAAAGUCAUACUGGUGAGUAGCUCUGUGAAUUGGAAACUUAUGUUAGGAUUAUGUGGUAAGGAAGGACAUAGGACACAUAAGAAAAUGUGUAUUAGGGAGAGUCACUACAAAUGUAAUUAAGGUACAAAUGCCUUACUUAUGCUUUACAACUUCAUCUGAGAGAAUUUAUACAGGAAAAGAAAAACCACUCUGAAGAUCUCUAUCUAUAUUCAUUCUUUCAUUAUUUUUGGAAAAUUCAUACUUGUGAAUAUUAAAAAUUUUUAAACUGCUUAUUGUAUUUUGCCUUUAUUUUAAACAUUGAAAAAUUCAUUUGGGGGCUAACCCUGCUACUUUUGUUUACUGAUCCAUCUCAAAAUUAUUUUAAGUUAUUUAUUGAGGGUCUAAAUUCGCCCUUCUCCCUGUUUCUCAUUUGAAUGCCACUUAUUUAAUAGCCAUAUCUAUUUUUGUAUUUUUUAUUGCUUGUUUGAUGGUAAGUUAUAUUUUUAUACAUAUGAAGCAUGGAUAUCAGGUCAGUCUUCAUUUUCUAAAUUUGCAUAUCUGUGUAUCUGUGUUCCAUUUUGUUUGUGUUGUUACUGUUACUUUUAAGUAUUCUUUAAUAUCUUGUGGCUCUGUAUCUUUUGUUUUGGAAUAUUGUUUUACUUGCCUUUUAUAAAGUCUAUACCCUUUUUACAGAAUAGUUCUUCUCUAUAUUAAUGUAGAUAUGAACAAAAAAUAGUUAUCUGUAAUCAUACCAACCAUAGACAAUCAUUGUCAGAUUUUUGUAGCAAACUCUUUAAGACCAUGUCAUUGUUUUUGAAAGAAAGUGUGAUUGUGCUAUAUACUAUAACCAGCCUUUAAUAUUCUUUGUAAAUAUAUUGUUACUCUUCUAUUGGCUUGAAGGUAUUCACCUGUCUUUAUCAAGCCCCUAUUUUGUUAAGUAUGGAAAAUUUUGCCAUUAUAAAGCGUUACCUUGAUGGCUCCUUUUGAAUGUGUCUUUAUUUUUUUAUUGUUCAUUUCAGAGAAAAUGUAUGAGGUCUUUUCUGCUUUUAAAGAUUUAUACUAUAAUGUAUAAGUUCUGCUUCCCUUGACCAGCAUUGUUGACCCUAGUUAUUUUCCCACUGUUAACCAACUUAUUUAUUCUUCCAGAUCCUUUUAUAUGCAUAUAUAAUGUGCUUAUGGUAAUGUGGGCAUAAUUAGCUCACUUCAGAGGCUUGUUAUGUGGAUUCUACAAUUGUGCCUAUCACAUAAUAAAGCUUGCUUAGUAUUA